GAGACGAACACCUCACUUGCUGUAAAAAUCAAGAAUGUUCGUGAACACAAUUUCGAAGGUGGUUCUAACAACAGCGAAUUGGAUAAGGAUACUGACAGAAGCAACUUGAAUAGUAAGAAUAAGGAUGCUGUCAGCUACUGUACUGUUUGCGCUGGUGACUGUAUCUGUGGCUUCUGAGGGAGCAAAGUGGAAGUACGGGGAAACAGACCGUCACGGUUAUGGUCCACCUGACUGGGGUAAAGUUUCAAAAUUCUGCGAUUACACCGCCCAGUCCCCCAUAAAUAUCGAAACUCCGGUUAAGAAAGAUGCAAGUCUCAAGGGACUCCGAUUUGCAAUCGAGAACAGAAAUCGAAGGGUCAGUGGAGUUAUAAAAAACAAUGGUCAUGCGCCUACCCUAACUAUUGACAAGCUCAAAGGCAAGGCUAGACUCACCGGGGGUCCCCUUGGAUAUAGCGUGUUUAUGCUCCAGCAGUUCCACUUUCAUUUCGGUUGUGAUUACGACGCGGGAUCAGAACACCUUGUGAACGGAAAGCCAUAUCCUGGAGAGCUCCAUUUGGUGACUUAUAACACAAAGUACGCUGAUUUUGAUACCGCUGCGUCCCAAUCCGAUGGACUGGCUGUGAUUGGCGUUUUCUUUGAGGAAAAGAAGAAAAGAGAAAAAGGGAAAGGAAAAAAGCACUAUUAUGCCCUCCUCAAACUUUACUAUGCUCUGAGAAGAAUAAGGGAUUUUGGUGCCGAAGCUUCAGUCAGAUACAUAGCACUGCUCGACUUGGUUCCUGAACUGAAAGACCUCUCAUCGUUCUACUCCUACAAGGGUUCCCUUACCACCCCUCCCUGUUAUCAAUCAGUUCGCUGGAUUGUACUGAAAGAACCCAUUAAAUUCCCUGGUCCUUUGUUCGACGCCAUGAGGAGAUUGAAAAACGGAGAGGGAGGCCUCAUGUGUGGGAACUUCAGACCACCUCAGAAACUCAACGGACGUGUGGUUUCUGAAUUCGACGGAUGAGCUCAAGAAUCAACUCGCAAUAGCUUAACACUACAGUAGUUGAUUUAGAUUCUCCAAGAGAAUAUAAACAGUUUAUAAUCUCCUAGAUACUCUUAGCUAGAUUGAGUGACGUAUUUUGGAGGUUUCUUUCUUAAGCGAGGAUUGUUUGUAACAACGAAAUAAACUGCAUUU